UAUAUAUAUAUAUAACAUAUAUAUAUUAUUUUAAUAUAGCACAUAAUGUUUACAAUCCUUUUUUUUAUGAUUAUUUACAAUUAGUUAAAUGCUUUCAAAAAAUUACAAAAAGAAAUUUUUCUAAUAUUUUAUUUUUAUUGUGCGUGCAUGCGUGUGUUGUACGGGGUAUAUAUAAUAUAUAUUUUUAGUUCGUUACGAUGCACUCGAGAAAUUAGAAUAAAAAAACUUUCAUAUACGUCGGACUCCGUGGCGCAACGGUAGCGCGUCUGACUCCAGAUCAGAAGGUUGCGUGUUCAAAUCACGUCGGGGUCAAACAAGAACGCGAACGAAAAUAAGUAAAUACUAAAUAUCUAGCGCAUAAUAAAUUUUGUCAAAAUCAAAAGAAAAACGAUGGGCAAAGAAAAUGAUUCUGACAAUACAAAAAAAAGAAGAAAAUCAGUUAGUGGAAAUUCUGGAAUGUCUUUGAAAGACGGAGAUACGUACAAGGUUAUAAUCAGUUACGAAGAAAAGGAAGCUAUGGAACAUUUACCAGAAAAUGAUUCUGAAAGUUUUCUAUCUACGUGCGAUGAUAUACGUAAAGCUAUGAAUAAAAUUGCUAAAUUAAAAUCCAACGGAGAUGCAAAUGCUAAAGACGAAAUACAUGAACUUCAAAUUCAAACAUCAUUAGCAUUUAUCGAACUCAAAAAAUUAAAUAGAAUGGAAAAAUUUCGCACAAAAUUUGCAAGAGAUUCUCUUAUAUCUUCAAAAAGUAGCGUCGACAGUAAACAUUUACAUUUACAAAAUCUGUUGUACGAGGUCAUGCAUUUAAAGAAAGAAGUUGUCAAAUGUCUUCAGUUCAAGAAAUAACAAAGCAUAAUCCUCAUCGAUUAAGAUUGGCACGUCUAGAAUGGGAAUUGACACAAAGAAAACAAUUAGCCGCUUUGUGCGACGAAUUGACAGAAAACAAAAAGGCAGUAGCAUUAAGUAUCGAAUCAAAACAAACUAGACUCGAUAAUCUUGCACCACAACUUCAUUCGAUAUUAGAAGCAAGCAAGCCAUUGCAAGAGAGUCUUGGUUUGUUGUUGGACAAAGUUAGACAAGAACAUCGUAAAGCAGCAUUGCUCGCAUCACCUCUGUAUGUUCUUUAUGCAAAGGCAUCUGCAUACAGAGACGCAUACGAUAAUUCUAUAACAGUAAAAGUGGAAGGCGACGAAGAAGAAGCAAAACGUGCAAACAAUCAAGACGGACUACAAGAAUCUGAUUCAGAUGCUGAAACUGUUUCUGAAAAUGUCAUAGAAGAAACUCCAGUGCAUAAGAAGAGACAUCAUAGGUUAUCCAAAGAAGCUAGGCAAGAAGAGAAAAAAAUAAAAUUAUUACAAAGACAUCCUUUAAACGUGAAAAUAAUUAUUAAAUUGAAAAAUGAAACAAAACUGACAUUGCAGUUUUAUUAUAUGAUGUCUUUGAAAAUUGUAACUGUGGAAUCAAAAUUAAAAACCGACAGUAUCAUGGAUAUUAGUACAGGAGAUAUGCUUAUAUCAGAAUCUAUUUUACGCGAGUUAUAUCCACGAGAUUUAGGAUUAGAGAGUCCAAAUCCUGCCAAUUAUUACCAAUUAAAUCGGUAUAAUUUGGGCCAAUUUUCAUCACUUGGAUUAGGAAUCCCAUAUAAAUGGGUACAAAGAAUGGCUGGAUUACACUUCAUUUCUCCCGAUGCUAGAGAACAGAGAUUUACGAAUGGUGAAACAACCCAAGAUAGCGUUGAAUGUGUAUUGAGAGAAAUCAAAAGACGCGUAAUAGCAAGAUUAGAAUUAUGUACAGAAAUUAGACAAUUGGAGUGCGGAAAUUUGCCAAUUUUUACUGCCAAUAACGAUCUUUUACCACAAAAGCUUAGCACGGUUUUACAGAAAUUCUCAACAAUUUCAUGGAAUAAUUAUUGCAACAACGUAAAUCCCAUUUUUCAAGAACAAGGACUAGUAUCUUCAUUGGAUAUCUUUUACGAGGCUACACUUAGUCGAGGCAAUUGUAAGACAAUAGCUAUAAAACCAGAUUAUCCAAAAAUAGCACCGAUAUUUAGUACAAGUAUAAAUCCUACAAUACCCGCGUCUGCAGAUAUUUUAAGAGAUAUUGAAAGAGAAGUAAACGUCAUGUGGAUGAAACAGCCAACAUUAUCUGCACAACUUCAACGAUUACGAGCAUGCUUUGACAUUUAUUUGGAAUCAGAGGCUCUUGUACCAAAAGAAAAAAUUUUCUUUCAUUCUGUUAAAGGUCGUACUCGUGCCAGACCAUAUAAAUAUUUAGAAUUAGGAGGUGGAAUUUUUAUUCAUCGUUAGUCUUAAUAUGAUAUAAUAACGAUUUAAUAUAAUAUAAAAAUAUAUGUAGAUAUAUUUUUGCAAAACAACUAUACUCUAGCGUUGAUAUAACAAUGCACGUUUAAAUUACAAUAGAAUCAUUAUGACUAAAUCGUAAGGAUCCUCGAUGCUUUACAUCUUGAGAGCAAAACACGAUCUAUAUUCAUCGAUAAAGAUCAGAUAGUUUUUCUCACUUACAUUCGUUAGGUGCGUUCUUUCUCUUUAUCGAGGGACUUAAAAUUCGUGUUCGUAACUAUUCCUGAAAUAAAAUUGGUAUAUGUUAAAUAAAAACUAUAAUAUAUAGAUUCUCGCUUUUACUAUAUUUUUUUUUUAUUUAUAAUAAAAAAUAAAACAACGAAGUAAUUAAAUAUAUCAACAUACCUAAAUCUACCGAGAAAUAUACUUGCAGUUUACAUUUCAAUUUUUUAUUCUCUCUACAAAGUUCGUUAUUUUGUCUUUUUAAUAAAAUAUUAUUUCCUUUUAUAUAAUUAUAAUAUUGCCAAAAAUUUUCGACUUUAGCACACGAUUCAGGAAUCUGAAAUAAUUUGGAAUAUCAUUGCAAUAUCAUUGCAAUAACAUAUAUUUAUUUCAUUCUAUCUCUUACAUUAAGAUCGACGUAUUCAGUAUAAAAUGCAUUUUGCAUAAAAUAUUUCUUCAAAUUAAAAAAUAAAGGUUCCAAAGUGGUGCAUAUUUCAAUUAGUUCAAGAAUCGUGGAACUUUUUUUUAAAAUUCUUUGCAAGUGCUAUAGGAAAAAGAAGCAUCGUUAUAUCCUAAAAAUUAAGGAAAGAAUUAUAGUAAAAAAAAAAAGAAUAUACAUGUUCUUACUCUCAAAACUUCAUUGCUUCUAACAAUCAUUUUUUUCAACCGUACAGAAUCUAUCAUUCGAGUUACAGUAAAUUUAUAUUUAAUAUCUUUGUAUCUUUCACGUAUGUUUGUAUCUUUCAUUUUAAGUUUUGCAAUUUGUACUUUUCUCUUUUGCGAUAGUAUUCGUAUAUUGACUUUUAAAGUUUCAGUUAUAUCUUGCAAUUGUAAAUAUAUCUUUGGAUACUGUAAUAUACACAUUUGAUGAACAUCAUCUUGUUCCUUUAGAUAUUCAUACUGCUUUUUCUUGUUUUCAACUAUUCUUUGACAUUCAUUUAUUAUUCUACACAACUGUUCCCAAAACUUUUCUACUUUUAAAAAAGCUUGAUAUUUAAAAUCCGACGCCACGUCCUUCCCCUAGUAUAUUUUAUAAAAAUCAGUUGUUAAAUUUUCAUUAAUUUCUUACACGGUAAAUGAAUAUUGUCAAACAAGUUAUUACCAAAUAUAAAAUAUUAAAAAUAUUAGUAGCGUUGUAUGUUUUUCUUAUAGUUUGCGUUUGGUCAAAAAUUAUGCAUCUUCUGGUUAUAUUGUUAGCAAUUUCUUUAUAUCGUCCUAUGUAAUUUCUCAAUUCAGUUAGCUCUAUCAUACUAUUCAUUUUAACAUUAUUUAAUUUAUACAUAUCAUGUAACUCUACCAAUUGCCGUUUAUAUAUCGCUGUAUAACAUUAAAAAAGAAUCACAGGUUCGUAUAAAUUUGAAAAUAGUAAUAUAAUAUUCGGGAUACAUUAUUUUAUGUAAAUAAUUUAAAAAAUACCAAUUAUAUUAUCGAUCAAUAAAAUGUAAGUUUCUUGAAGUUUUUUAUGAUUUGUAUCUACUAUUUUUAGUUCAUUAUAUAAAUAAGAAAUUGUUGCAUCUUUAAUUUUUACUACUCCAUCAAAAGUUGUACGGAGAUAUUUUACGUUUUUAUGAAAUUCCUUGCAUCUUAUUUGUCGCAAAACAUAUCUCCAUUUUUCAUUAAUUUUUGCAAUAUUCAAUUUUGAAAAUACUUCUUCGCGUUUUAAUUUGUUCUGUAAUAAUUUUUGUAAGUUUAUCUCAAACAUAACAAGAAAAUUUAAUAAAUAACAUACCUUUGCAAAGACAGCAAUUAAUUGUUGUUUACGUCUUUUAGUUUCUAAUUCAAAUUCAAGACGAUGUUGCAUAUAACGCAUACGUUCCUCUUCGUUCAUUCGAACAAGUUUGCUCCUUUUUUUUCUUCUUCUUAACAUUUUUUAAUAUUCUUUAUUACUUACCUAAAGGAAUAAUAUCUUGCUACAUAUAUGUAACAAUAAUUCUUUCAAUCACGUAUUCAAUUAUAAAUUAAUCAAUAUGGUAUAUUUACCGUAUUAUAAAAAACUAACAACACGCAAGUCGAUGUAUCGUAUCUUGUACUCUAAUAAUAAAAUAAUAGAAACCAGUUCUCCGUAUAAAGAAUAUAUCGAUAUGUUUGAUCGAUAAGAGUAUCAACGGAUACCACAGAUAUCUAUCAAAGUACACCUACAUUGUAUCUCUUACCUAUUCGUUAUAACACUACCGCAGUCAAUACAAAUUUUUAUAUCUUUUCCAACAAGAGGUUUCGAUCAUUUCUUUUUAAAUUUAAAUUUAAUUCUGCCUCUUUUACAAAAUAAUUUAAUCACGCGGUCCAAACUUUGAAAAGAAUAAUCUUUCUCACAAGGUGACAAAAAUUGUGAAAUCUCAAACGAGAGCUCUAUGCGCAUUCCAUAUUUUUGGUUAAUGGUAAAAAGAGCUUUAGCGCAUGGUCCUUUAUCUUUAAGAAAUUAAUGAAAUUAUGUCGAGCAUGCGGAGAUAUAAACGAACGUCAUUUGUACUUGAUUAUACGUAAAUAUACACAAGUAAUACAAGUAAUAAUCUAUAACGUUUAUUUCGUUUAAUAUAUUAAAUUUUUACAAUCCAGCUUAAUAAAAUUUUGAUUAUAUCUUUAUUACUAUCUUUAUUAUCGUUCACCAUAGUACUCACGCGUCCUUUUACAAUUUUACGCGUGGAAAUCGUAAUGAAAUAAAAACAGAACACAAGAAAUUGCUCAUAAAAGAAAUUGCAUUGUCGCAAAUGGAACGUUGAUCGUGAAUGUCACUUUGAAAACAUAAUUUUACAACAUUUCUAAAUAUAACUUUAAUCUUGUUACACGCUAAUAAUCUUCGUAUCUCUGUACGCUUAACAUUUUUUUAUCAAUUUCUCAAUAAAAUUAGCCUAAAACAUCCAACGCAUACAGCCAUCUCAUUCGAGAUUUCGCACUUCUUGUCAGAGUAUCUUUAUCUAUUUUUUAUUUAUUAUCUGGAAAAGAAUACUCCUUGAUUUUAAAGACCUUGAAAUAUCUUGUCAACAUCAUUAUUCUAAACAACUUUUCCCAAUAUAGCAUGCUCAUCUCGAUAUCUUUGAUAUUUUCAAUAAUACAAAAAAACCUGUCAGGAUAAAGUUUUUUACUUUCGAAACAUAAAUAUCGCGGCGUAUAAUGAUUCUCAAAAUGAUUUUCCUUCGAGUACCGAAGAUCAUUGCAGUAUUUUUAAUUGCGACGACAUAAUUUUUUUUCCAUAUUAUUAUAACCGAAAAAAGAUAUAUCUCAAAAAUAUAGAUACGAGUCCAUUUUUAGGUAACCUUAGGUAUGGAAAAAUCAUGGUAAUUCGAAAGUGAUCGAUAAAAGAUUUUUUUUUUUCUAUUUCUUUUUACAAGAAAUAUCAAAAUGACGAAUAUUCUGUACAUUGUGAAAUGCAUUCAAUGAAAUUUUCUCCAAUCGCUGCUGGAUAA